GACCAUUUCUCGCGAAGCUGUUUUGAUUUGAGUCUGUGUUUGCACACUACGGCCAGAAGAGCAACACCGACUAAAGGAAGAAGCUGCACUGUAUGGAGCAAAAAUGGCCAGAAUCGACGAAGGCAUUAGGAAGGCAGUGAUUUACUUUUUGUAUGCAACAUUCACAACCAUGAAGCAGGUUCUGUUGGUCCUUUACUUUGCUUUAAGCGUUUCUGCACUUUCGAAUGCGUUUAAUGUUGAUGAUCGGAUUAUUGCCCGUUGGACGAACAACCUUUAUUACCCUGGGAAAGUGUUAUCAAUUGGAAAUGGCCUGGUGAAUAUUUCGUUUGACGACAAUGACACGAUUAUUCACAGAGUCUCGGACAUUUCAGCGGUAAUUCCCGAUAAGGUGCCUCAUGACGUAGACAUUGGACACCACGUGGUAGCAACAUGGAAAGGAGGCAACACGUAUUUCAUUGGUUACGUGUCUGAAAAAGAUUCUGGUAACCGUUUCAAAGUCACUUUUGAUGACAACGACGAGGACUAUUACGCUGUCAGUCAGCUAAGGAUUUUUCCUGAGCAGUGGUCAUCUCAUGAAGUGGGUGCCAGAGUGUUUGCCCGCUGGAAAAACGGUCUAUACUAUCGCGGAUUCGUUACAAGUGCCACCUCCACGACCGUGUUCAUCAGUUAUGAUGAUGGAGACACCAUCACUUUACACAGGAUUGACCCGACAGCCGUAAUACUCGAUCACCCUGCAUGUUACAGUGAGGUCCACGCUGGUCAACGUGUAAUUGGUUUCUGGCCUGGAAGAACCAGGUAUUACCCUGGUGUGGUGACACACAAGAGGAUUUCUGUCAACAAUAACUGCCAUGAGAAAGCUGUGUACCACGUGUUGUUUGAUGACGGAGACAAGCGACUUCAAGACUCGCUCCAGAUUCGUCUUAUUCCGUGCACUGCAAGUCAAGAAUUGAAUGUACAAAAUAUUUGAAUCCAGCAUGUUUGAAAUUCAAGUGAAAUAAAGUAAUGCUGGCUUCAGAUCUUGCUUACUUUCUUUCACUGUAGAUUUUGGAAGCACACCUAACUAGUUGUGAACGUUCACGGGAUUUAGAGUAAUAGAUUUAUCCAGAUCUUUUAGUUUGUAUCAAAAGACAAUGUUUCAAUCGAGUUAGAAAUUGUCGGACUUAUUGCUGCUUUAUAUCUGUCUAAGUGACUGACUUCCAAGGGCAUCCAUGGUAACGAAAAGCGAAUAGCACCAUGAAUAUUACGCCCAUUCAUGUUUAAAUGUCUUUGCCAUCUUGCAUAAGAAAGUAAACUCAAGGUAGAAAGGCGAUGAAUGUAAUCAUGCACAGUAGGUUUAGAAGCUCAUGAUCAGCCACGAAACCAAAGUAUACCAUGACAAUGUUGAUUGACCUCGUUACUUUUUGUGUUGAAGAGAAAAUCGCGACGUUUUAUCACCAGUUUUAGCCAAACUAAAUCCAAGUUUUUAUUCUAUCUAUUUUUUUUUUCUUUUUCUUGAAAUUAACCUGUAAAGUAGGACGUAGUUUAAAGUAGAUUCGCAUUUUGAACUUUGAAAGCAAUAUAAUCAGGGCUCUGCAAACGUUA